UGCUGACGCCAUUGAAGGAAAGCUUCAAAAGCUUCCCCAUUUCAUCUGCCGGAAGCAAGCUCUCUCUCUUCUCCUCACGUGCAACUCCACCAUCGUCAUCACCACAGCAUCAUAGUAUUCACGUUUCUCACGCUUGCUCGCUCCGUUCGGUUCGCUCUCUCUCUCUCUCUCCCCCCGCUCCGGCGGGCGAAGCCGGAAGUGGAAAUGGAGCAGCCGGGAAGCAUCCAAGCCUCCCUGCCAGAAGAUAUCGCCCUCAAAAUCGCGUCUUGCCUCCAGGUGGGCGAUUUGUGCGCUCUGGGAAGUUGCAGCCGAUUCUGGAGGGACUUGUGCGGGUCGGAUUUCCUGUGGGAGCCUCUGGCGCGACGGAGAUGGCCUUCUCUGGAUUCGUGGACUGAAUCUUCAUCGGCUGAUCAUGGCGACUCUUCCUCUUUCAAGGGAUGGAGGGACUUUUACGUGAAUUGGCAUGCCGAGAUGGCCGAGCGAGCUGCGUUGGUUGUUCAGCACGUCGAGCAAUGUCUGUUUUCUGAUUCGCUAGAGAUCAGGGACUACCUGAAAGCGAUCGAGCACUUGAGCUCUAUGCGGCUCGGAUUCGAGGACGUCGAAAUGUUUCUGUUCAGGCCGGAAGUGAAUGUGCUGCUGAACUUGGUCGGCUUACAUUACUGCAUGCACUGGCUCGAAGUGCCGGCUAAGCAUGUCAUGGAAGCGCUUCAGAAUAGCAAGAUCUCACAACGUCAAGUGAGUGUCAAAUGGUGGAAGCUCGGCAGAUUAUUCUAUGGCUUCCGAAUGCGAGACGAGUCUCAUUCUCGUUCAGUUUCCCUGCAAGAUCUAGCAUUGCCUCAGGAAAAUGAGGUCCUCAGCGUGCUUCAUCGAGGUGCCAUUCAUGAGGUCCUUCGCGUCCAAAUUUCCGUAUUCCAUUCUACUAGCACUUCCUGGUCUUUCCCGGAGCGCGCAAGUCUGUGAUCAACGAUGAUUGAUAUAGACAUCUGGUUGUACCACAGAAGUAUGAUCAUGGUAUGUACUGGUGUCUAAGAAGAUUGGGGUUUGUGCAUGUUAGUGUGCAUACCUGUAUGUUGUGUUUGUAAAGGAUGUUGUAAAUCCUCGCCACCAUAUCAAUAAAUUCUGAAGAUACUGGAUAACCAUGGAGUUGUUUGGUUUAUCAAAUGUUCAAGGAGUCGUUCAAUUUGGCAAUUGUUCAAGUUGGGACA